AUGUGGAAGUGUCACAAAUGUGGAAAGCCAGUCUACUUCGCGGAGCGCAAACAAUCGUUAGGCUACGAUUGGCAUCCAGAGUGUUUACGAUGUGAGGAAUGCGGCAAGCGGCUGAAUCCAGGCCAACAUGCCGAGCAUAAAGGAGUGCCUUACUGUCAUGUGCCAUGCUAUGGUGCGCUCUUCGGACCGCAACUGUUCGGACAUGGCACACGUGUGGAAUCACAUAAGAGCUAUGGCUUAAAAGGAGCGCAGCGCUCUUUCAUUGGAAAUGGUGGUCCGGUUUUGCCGAGAGAUCACUUGGAAAGCAAACUAAAGGUUUACAACCAAUUUUACGACAAUAAGAGCAUGGAAAUACGAAGCCGCGAAGUAAAUAAUCGGCUAAUAAUGGAAGGUGCAUUGCGUGUGUCUUGGGGCGUACAUGGUGUGAUACAUCUAAAAGAGGACGACGAUCAGCGUACGUUGGUUGUGCGUAAACGGAACUCAAAGCGUGUCUCCAAAGCAGCGGAUGAUAGCCCGUCGGAUAAGGAAAACGACAUAAGCGAAUCGCUGGAAGCGCCAACAACAGCCAGUGAGGUCGAAAACAUGUCAACAGAUAUAUCGCUGUCAGAGAGCAUGACAUUCGAUUCGAGCAGUUUGAACGAGUAUCCUUUGACAGAUUUACCCACUACGCCAGAAGAAGCUUCUGCCAACACGACUGGCGGUGCUGAUGGUGCUGCUGUGCCUUUAUUAAAUGGCACUAAUGGGCGUGCAAACGAUGAUGAUGAGUCCGUGUCCACAAGCACGCUAUGUGGCACGGAUACAACGAUCACCACAGCAUCCACAAGUUGUAUGUCGGCAACUUUGCCUUCAAAGUUGGAUAAUUUAGAGAAGUUGGAAUGGGACGAGAUCGAUGAUUUGCUGCAGGUGGAGCGUCGUGUUAGCGAGAAGGAUAAAAUUUACGAAACGAUGCCAGUGAAACUGCCAUCGUCACAAACGUCUUCCAGCGAUAGCUCACCCACAAAAACGAUUUCGGCUCAUAAUCUCACCGAAAGCACGAAUACCAACAGCGAAGUGACAUCACCAACCUCACCAACGUCUUCUUCCACAACUACUACCAACAAUAGUAAUGUCAAUAGUGAGAGUAGCAGCACUUCUUCUGACAAUUUCGUCACUGCAACCUCGGCGACCAUAAAUACCAGCUCCACAACAGCGGAUAAUUUUGAGUCGUCCGAUGAUGCUACGCUCAAACCGAUGGAUUUCGAGGAAUUCAAACGUAGUGUUCACCUAGAUUAUGUCAGUGGUGCCAAUUCGUUUCGUGAGCCGAAUGAGGACUCACUGAAGCGCAACCAACCAAUCGAUCCGUCGCGUAUAAACGAUUCGCUCAAGUUUUACGGCGAAAGCCCAAUGAGCAAGAGCUUCAAUUGUGAGCAUGCCUUGCGUUCCAUCGAUGCGAACUUAAUUAAUGAUACGCUACAUUUGAAGAGCGGCACUGCCAGUCCACAUUCGAUGCAACGCAUGUAUGCGUUGCAAAAGAGUGGCUCCGCCUCAACUGCAACGGGUGGCAACGCCAAAAAUCUAACCACGUAUCAGCACGGACACAACCACUUCGAGAAGGGCAUAAAUCGCUCCAAGUCCGGUCCAUCGUGUUUUGAUUACUCGGACAGCGACGAUGACGACUCAACGCUGAAGCCACAACAAUCGGCCACAAUGCGGCGUAGUGAUGUGCCCCAACGGUAUGUGAAGAUCGAAAUGGAUUGCUAUCCGAAAGAUAACGACAAGGGUAGUGUUAGUGAGGCGGACUCCAGUCGCGCCGAUGCACCAUCAAUUACCGUUUCAAACAGUGGCAACGCCGCUGGCGAUGAGUUGACGCAGACGGAGGAGAUGUACACGGCGAGCAGGGGUAGCGGUGCGGUGCACAAUGGCGGCGCUGGUGGAGAUGAUGAUGAUGAUGAUGCGGAUCCACCGCUGCACGUAACCGAGGACGGUGUGGUCUUGCGUAGGCCGCCGCGCACAGGUGCCGCCGCCAUCAAGCGCCGCAGUGGCAACAGAAGAUCGCGUACCAAAUUGAAGCGCCGCUGUUCCAUCAACGGUCACUUUUACAAUCGUGAAACAUCGUUCUUCACGCCGCCCUACGGUUCGCAGAUGUCCGUAUGGGUCACAUCGUUGGUCACCACAACGGAAGUUAUCAAUUUACUGUUAGAGAAGUAUAAGGUCGACAGUGCUGUGGAGAAUUUUUCACUCUUCAUUAUACGCGAUAAUGGCGAGCAGAAGCGCUUGAAAGAGACUGAUUAUCCGUUAUUGACGCGCGUCAUGAUGGGACCGCAUGAGGAUGUGGCGCGUCUCUACCUGGUCGAUGCCAAGAAAACAGAUGAAAUUAGCAAUGAGGUGGCUCAGUUUAUAAACCUCUCACUGCCGGAAUGCCGUGCAAUUUUAGAGCGCUACGAUGAUGAGUUGGAGCGCGAAGUGGCCAAAGUUAGAGAAAGAUAUGCUGAGUUGCGUCGCCGUAUUAUCAGUCGCAUGGAAUCGCUGAAGGUGCAUCUAUAAAGUUGCUCAAAGUGCUCAAGUUUUGUGUAUUUGCCUCCUUUACCCUUUUACAGUACUUUUAUUUACAUUUUGUUUCUAUUUCUAUUGAAAAUCUUGUCUCAAUUAAUAUUUCACGCUCGUUGCAAACACUCUUAAACUGUGUUGCAACCGCCAAAUAUCAUGAAAAUAAGAGAUUCACAUAACUUUAGUAUUAGAAAAGCACAUAUGCAGCAGAUAACGCAUUUAAAGUUUCACAAUGAGCACAAAACGUAGGGUUAUUUUCGAAACUGGAGUUUUCGAAAAACCUUAUUCUCUGAAAAAACAGUUUUAAAACAUUCUAACAUUCAAGAAUUCACAAAACGCUGGUUUUCGUAUAAUAAAAAUAUUCGUAUCAUUAUCUCGACAAAUAUCGAAGUAUUCUCGAAGCGUAAAUGUUUUGAAAAACCAAAAAUGUAUGAUUCUUUAAUUGCUAGCAUCUAGUUUCUGCAAUGUUGGGAACAUUUAAUACACUCGAAAUGCUAGUUUUCGAGUUGGAAAAUUAAAGUAUUCUUGAAAAAUUAACCUUUUGAAAAACAGAAACAGUUCGUAUCUUUAACUAUGUAUAAACAAAAUCGCGAUCCGCAUAUUCUGAAAAUUUCAAUGUCGAAAAUGUGCGAAAUGCUAGAAUUUUCAAAAACCGAUAAUUGUUUAAUCCCUUAAUUU